AUGGACCUAAAAAAUUAUACCAGGAUACAGGAAUUCAUUUUCUGUGGAUUUGCCCAGACUCAAGAGCUGAACUUGAUCUUAUUUUUCUUCUUAUCUGUGGUCUAUGUAACAACUGUGUUAACGAACAUUGCCAUCAUUGUCACUGUCACCUGUGAGUCUCGCCUCCACACACCCAUGUAUUUCUUACUCUACAACCUCUCUGUCUUGGACAUCUUCUUCUCCUCCAUCACUGCCCCAAAGAUCCUGGUAGACCUUCUCUCCAGGACAAAGACUAUUUCCUUCAAUGGCUGCAUCACACAGAUGUUUUUCUUUCACCUCCUCGGGGGAGCAGAUGUUUUUUCUCUGUCUGUGAUGGCAUUCGAUCGUUACAUGGCCAUCUCCAAGCCCCUGCACUAUGUGACCAUCAUGAGUAGGGGGCGAUGCAUUGCACUCAUUGCAGUCUCCUGGGUGGGGGGCUUUAUUCACUCUAUUGCACAGAUUUCCCUGUUGCUCCCACUCCCCUUCUGUGGCCCCAACAUUGUUGAUGGCUUCUACUGUGAUGUCCCCCAGGUCCUGAAGCUCGCCUGCACUGACACCUUUGUCCUUGAGAUUCUGAUGAUUUCCAACAAUGGUCUAGUUGCUAACUUGUGGUUUGUGCUUCUCCUGGGGUCCUACACGGUCAUCCUGAUGAUGCUGAGAUCUCACACUGGGGAGGGCAGGAGGAAAGCCAUCUCCACCUGCACAGCCCACAUCACAGGGGUAACCCUGCAUUUUGUGCCCUGCAUCUAUGUCUAUGCCAGGCCCUUCACUGCCCUCCCCACAGACAAAACCAUCUCUAUCCUCUUCACCGUCAUCAGCCCAGUUCUAAACCCCCUGAUCUACACCCUGAGGAACCAGGAGAUGAAGUCAGCCAUGGGGAGACUCAAGAGAAAACUUGGAUCUUUCAAAAAAGAAAUAGAUCCCAUGAAGUCCAGACUGGAAAAUCAAAACUGA